UUCCUGGAACCUCAAGAGUCAAGACCCCCAACAACGAAGAAAAAGUAUUCAUCUUUCUGUCUGAAUUGGUGUUGCCAUUUCCGUCAAUUUCCCGAUAAUCGAAGCCGGGAGGUAUAGAAAAUGGACAACUCGAGCCAAGACUCCUUCCUUAGAUCGGAAAACUGUAUCACCUACGAUUCCCCCUAUCCUCUUUAUUCCUUGGCCUUGUCCUCCACCCCCUCCCGCAUCCAACCCCAUCACCAAACUGCCGCCGUCGGCAGUUUCAUCGAGGACUUCAACAACCGUGUCGACAUCCUCUCCUUCGAUCCCGAAACCCUCUCUCUCAAGCCCAACCCUUCUCUCUCAUUCGAACACGCUUACCCACCUACCAAGCUCAUGUUCAACCCCUCUUCCCUCCGCAAAUCCGCCUCCGACCUCCUCGCCUCCUCCGGUGACUUCCUCCGUCUCUGGGAGAUCCGAGACACUUCUAUCGAACCCCUCUCCGUACUUAACAACUCCAAGACCAGCGAAUUUUGCGCUCCUCUCACUUCCUUCGACUGGAACGAGGUUGAGCCCAAGCGAAUUGGGACUUCCAGCAUCGACACUACCUGCACCAUCUGGGACAUCGAAAAGGGUGUCGUCGAAACGCAGUUAAUUGCCCACGAUAAGGAGGUGUACGACAUUGCCUGGGGGGAUGCAAGGGUUUUCGCAUCUGUUUCCGCUGAUGGUUCAGUGAGGAUAUUUGAUUUGAGGGAUAAGGAACACUCUACCAUAGUCUACGAGAGCCCUCAACCGGAUACGCCUUUGCUCAGAUUGGCUUGGAACAAGCAGGAUUUGAGAUACAUGGCCACCAUUCUAAUGGAUAGCAAUAAAGUUGUAAUCUUGGAUAUCAGAUCACCCAGUAUGCCCGUGGCAGAAUUGGAGAGGCACAGAGCCAGCGUUAAUGCCAUUACCUGGGCUCCUCAGAGUUACAGGCACAUAUGUUCGGCAGGGGAUGACACGCAGGCCCUCAUUUGGGAAUUGCCCACGGUGGCUGGGCCAAGUGGGAUCGAUCCCUCGUUGAUGUACUCUGCCGGGUCUGAAAUUAACCAGCUGCAGUGGUCGGCUGCUCAACCGGACUGGAUUGCCAUAGCUUUCUCUAACAAAAUGCAGUUUCUGAAAGUUUAAGACCACGGAUAUUGGCUUUAUAUAUAAGAAAGGUGUCUAAAGUUUGGCACAGUUCUUUUUUUUUCUUGGACUAGCACCACAUCAACCCAGUGUUAGUGAUAGCUGUAGGACUAUUUGGUGUGUUUUUUUUUUAUGAAUACGUGAGCAUAUAAGAGACUAUGGGGAGUGUUAGCAGAAUGUCUAUGAUAGUAUUUGGUAUUUGAAUUGAUCAGUUCAAUGGAUUAUUUUGGAUAAAUGUACUAAAAGGGAAAUCCUUAUUCAUCUAAGACAUAGAUAGUAUUGUAAGCCCGCCAUAUAGAAAUUCAAAAAUCACUUGACCAAAUUAUUGUCACAAGUCAAUGGACCUUGUUGUUCGCUUGAAUAUUGUUUUCUCUUCUCUUUCUUUUUUUUCAAAAUUUUGAAUGGAAAUUCGAGGACUGAUUAAUA